CCCACGAGGACUACGCCUCCGAGAGCGACUGAAGCAAAGAGGAGGAAGAAUAACAACCCUGAGCCACGGUCAGGCCGCCGCAAGCGUAAGCCAGCGACUUUGUGGAGCGACGAGGAGAGCGCGCAAUUGAUGCUCUGGUUCCUUGACUGUACUCGGCUUCGGUACUUCGCGGCGGAAAGAUCGUAUCGACAGGCCUGGGAUCAUGUGUUAGAACAGUCAAGCCAGCUCUGGCCGCAAAAGCUGUUGACGAAGGAUACUAUAUCUACCAAAUACUUCUACGAAAAGAAGAGGUGGCGUGCGCUGAACGAGCUCAUGACGUCGGGUACGUCGUUUACGCCUGACGGUUUGCCUGACGUAUCUGAUGAAGUCUGGGAGCGGUAUUGGGCCCGUAACGGUCGUCGGAAUCGCUGGCUCGCAACCAAGCCCAUUGGCGAUUAUGACGUGUAUGCGGAGGUCUUCAAGGACGAUCGUAGUACUGGGGAAUGGAUCCGCGAACCUGCAGAUAUUAUUAGGGCACGCAAUGAACAACAGGAGGAGGAGACCAACCAAAGCGGAGAUGCGGAGGACGAGGAAGAGGUUGAUGAACAAGGCUCACCGGCGCCGGCAAGCCAACCCAGACCAGCUCGAUUAACCAGUACGCAACAACGCCGUCUUGAUACCGAUCCUGACCUCCAUCACGCUCGGCCAGUUAAUACUAUACAGCCAGAGGCCGCGAUAGUCGUUCCGCGCCAGGCGCAACGAGGCAGGGAGAAACAGACCGAGGCCACAAGACUUGCGGAUGGUAUGAUAGAAGCCGCGGCAAUCGUUGCUGCGCCGAAACCAGUUGGCGCCGAGGACGUUGCAAUGGCGAUGGAGGAUAUUGAGAGGCGUUAUAAGAGUUCUUUAACCCUUGACAAUCUAUUCAAUUGCUCAGAAUACCUUUGUAGAUGGCCGGUCAAAGCGACAAUUUAUUUGAGGGCAGGGCCUGAACUCAAGGCACGGUAUUUGAAGGAAUGGAAAAAAGGU